GGUGCGUUCCCGUCGGCCCAGCCCUCGGGGGUGGGGGCCGUACCCCAGGACCCCGCCGGCUGUGGGCGUCCCCCCCAGGCCGGAGUCGCUGCGGGCCCCGGUGCGGCGGCGGUGGGAGGCCCGCGGGAGGAGGCCCCCGACGGCCCCCUGGAAAACUGUUUUCAAGAUGGAGAGAAGGAUCUGGAAACCGGUGGUGAGCAGUGGCCGGAAUCUGGGCUGCUGGAGGCGCAGGCCGAGGACGUGAAGCCCGAUGCGUGCGCCCUGGCCGUGGGAGGAGAGGAGAGGCCCACCGAGGCCGAGGGGGCGGCGCCGGAGGCCGCGGAAAUGGAGGCCAGGCCCGGGGGUGAAGACAUGGAGGUGGUGGUGGAGGAGAGGAAGGAGGAGGCCGGACACUGGUACCUGAACGUAGACCUCCGCAUGAACCCCCUGGAGGCCAUCCAGCUGGAACUGGACACCGUGAACGCGCAGGCCGAUCGAGCCUUCCAACAGCUGGAGCAGAAGUUUGGGCGGAUGCGGCGUCACUACCUGGAGCGGAGGAACUACAUCAUUCAGAACAUCCCCGGCUUCUGGAUGACCGCCUUUCGGAACCACCCUCAGCUGACCUCCAUGAUCCGGGGCCACGACGCCGAGAUGUUAAGGUACGUCACCAAUCUGGAGGUGAAGGAACUCAGGCACCCUAGAACUGGCUGCAAGUUUAAGUUCUUCUUUCGAAGAAACCCCUACUUCAGAAACAAGCUGAUCGUCAAGGAAUAUGAAGUCCGAUCCUCCGGCCGAGUGGUGUCUCUCUCCACCCCCAUCAUCUGGCGCCGAGGGUACGAACCCCAGUCCUUCAUUCGUAGAAACCAAGAGCUCGUCUGCAGCUUCUUCACCUGGUUCUCAGACCACAGCCUUCCAGAGUCUGAUAAAAUUGCUGAGAUUAUCAAAGAGGACCUGUGGCCGAAUCCACUGCAGUACUACCUGUUACGUGAAGGAAUCCGUAGACCCAGACGUCGUCCAAUAAGGGAGCCAGUGGAGAUCCCCAGACCCUUCGGGUUCCAGUCCGGUUAACGCUUGCCUUUGGGCAUCUGCUGCUCAAGGCCCAGUUCUAUUUACUGCUGUGCAAUGAGUAUGCUGCUUUUUUUUUUUUGGUCCCUUGACCUUUUCUGCGUCUUCCCUGGAGUUCUCUCAAUCUCAAGACUGAAACUGUUGUGGUCACGCUUCUCUACUUCACAUGGCCUUCUUGCUAUUCUGCACGCUUGCUCCAUGCUGCAUAUCCGUGAUUCACACCCACUUCUAACAGAAGCAAAUGAUGCUAUAGAAUGCACUGCCUUUGCCUUGCCACACCCUGUUUUUCCCAGGGCCUCUGAAUUUGGUUACUCUCACCUGGAUUUCUAGCUUUGUCUAGAAGCCCGUUGUUACUACUCACCCUGCUCUGUAUCUGCAGUACCGGCUCAGGCCUGUGCACAAUAGGCAUUGAUGAUGGUCAAGGGACAACAACAGUGGGCCAUUUUUUCUUUGUAAUUUAUGCUACCCCAUUCCUCUUUCUGCACUGGUUACCUACCAAAUAUUGCCUGCUGUGAGCUAUCCCAACCCCUAUUGGACUGUUGCAAAGUCCCAGUCCACAUUCCCUCUUUUUUUUUCCUCCCCUAAGAUACUUAAGAAACAUCAGUGAACGUAGACAGCUUAGUUUAUGUUGGGCCUUGUCAUUUCUAGAGAUGAGAGAGUUUCCCACUGUUUGAAGUGUGAUUGCCUCUUCUCUUCCCAACUCCCUAGCCUUAACAAGUUGUGAAGAACUAAAGGGAGCUAGAUCUAGAUGGAAAGAGGUGGAUGGAAUAAUGAUAACAAUUGAUGAAAGAACUAAGGAGAUUGUAACGGGUUCCUUAAGUAUGGGGAACAGAAAUGGCUGGAGACAAAUGAGCCAGGUAAAACUUGAGCUGAGAAUGAAAACUGGGCUGACUAGUCAGCCCUUCAAGUAUUAUUCUGUUCAUGGUGAUAGGAGGAGAAAUAUUUUUUUCAGAAUUGUCAGAAAAACUGCAGGGAAUUUGGAAUGUUAAAUAUGUUGCCUAGAGAUUCUUUAAAGAAACUGCAAACUUGUUAUGUUUUCACUUUAUAUGUGAUCUCAUGUGUGUGAAGGUUAAUAUUGUGCCCUUAUUUUUACCAGUAUCUAGUAUUUUGUUUCUGCUUACUGGAACAGCUUAGCUGAACAAGCUUUCUUUUGCUUUUGUUUGGCAGCAAUUGAAUAAAAGUCUUUCUUGGACAAUAUUAAGACUUAAGUGGAUAUUUAUGACAGUUUUCAACUUGUUCUUGUUUCUUUUAAACUAUAUUCUUAGAAACAUAGUUUGGAUAAAUUGGUAUUUAUCAGAUCUGUAAAAUUAUUGUCUUUGUGGAAAAAUAAUCUAUAAAAUUGUGGCUUAUUUUGAUAAUUGGCUCUAAUAACAAAUUAGUAAUUGAUGUAUCUGUUCCUAAAUUGUAUAAAUUCUUGUAAGAUUACUCUAUGUGGAAGUGUACUAUUGCCUAAUUUUGUUUCCCUUUAUAUGUGUGAUGGUAAAAUAAAAGCAUGCCUCUGCUAGA